AUGCCCGCCCACUCCCUCCAGCGGUCCCAGUACGUCAACGGUCUCGCCGAGCUGCCUGCGAAAGUCAGGCAGCCCCUCUUUGCAGCGACAGCGCAGAUGGUGGCCACCCAUUACAGGUCCAGUGCUACUUCGUCGGCUUGGAUACCCUGGCAACCCUACAACUUCCACGCUGGCAAUUUCUGGGACGCCUCGAGCGGCUACUCUCCACAGGACGAGACGACCGCAGAGCUCCUCGCGGAAAGGUGCGUGCCAAUGCCGAAUUGGGUGUUCUCUGCGAAGUUCCCGUUGGAGGCGCUUGAGAGCUGGACGGAGCGCCAGAUUGACAUCUUUGCAGCAGCUGGGCUGGAAUUGCAGCAGUUACGCAUCAAGAACCCGGGGCAAGGAGCCGAUUGGACAGUCGACAACAUCUGGUCGCACGUGAGUAUCAUCAGGGCCGUGUUCAGCAGGCGUGGCUUGCUGGCGCCCCUUGUCUACAUCCACAACCACGACUUCAACGGCCUCGGGGGCCACGUGGGCGCCGAGCUGCUCCGAAGGGCCCAAGCGGACGGGUUCACCACCUUGGUGAUCGACGGUGCGUACAGAAAGAACGGGACGCACAACGACAACACGCUGCUCGCGUCUGCGCUCCAUCUGACGCAGGAGCAGCGGGAGGCGUUGAACGAGUACAACCAUCUGCAGCAGCGCAUUGAGCAGGUGCUCUGCCGCUUCGACAGCCGCAGCUCUCAGAUGACGCCCUGGAGCUCCGACUGGGCCGGCGGCACGGAGGGCUCCGACCUGCGCAUCGCCAAGGAGUACGGGCUUGACCCGCGGCUCAUCAACGGCGCCAAGGAGGUCGCCAGCGAGGUCUUCCCUCUCGAGCGUGCAGUAACCCCCUUCUCCGAGUACAAGCUCAGGCUUGGCAUCGCCAUCAUGAUCGAGCCUGGAAUCGAGCCGAAGUCGGCGGAUGCCGUCCGGGCAUGGGUCAACCGCGGGGGCAAGCUCAAGGUGGGCGGGGACGUGCUCGUCGGCCUCAGGCGCUGGGAGACGCUGGUGGCGAAGACGCCCGAGGUGGACAGGCUUCUCGAGAACAUGGCGGACGAGCUCGAGGCCGCGCUGGGUGCGAGCGCCCGGCUGGUCGCCCCAGAGGACCUGCCCGACACCCUGUCCGCCUCGCAGGUCUUCAGCGCGCUCGGCUUCCAGGGCAAGGGGCUCGAGUUCGUCACCAAGACGCAGCCCAAGGGGGAGGACCUCACUCCGCUCCUUGCGGCGCCUCACGUGCUGCACGGCAGACCACGCUCGCUGGCGCCCGGCACCAGGUUCGAGGUGCUCGAAGGGCCAAAACGCACCGAGGUGGAGUUCAGGUGUUUCGGCAAGGAGCAGGACGGCAGCAUCCUCUUGAGCUUCCUCGUGGGCGGCAGCCCCAUCAUGGUCAGCGUUCCAGACCCGGAGCUGGGCGCCGGCCCGCAGGCCGCGACGGGGCCGAGGAAGGCGACGCCUGGCAACCGGAUGGAGCUGGCCUGCAUCGCCGCGGGCCCAGCGGCCAGCGACGAGCGGCUUCUGGUCGCGAUUCGACUGGCCGUGGCCCGCGGCACCAUCGUGGACACCUCGCGUGAUCUCAAGAGGGGCAAGGACCCCACCCCGAAGCAGCUUAUCCCUCGGUCCAGCCCCGUGGAGAACCAUGAGGUUCUGGUCGAGAGAGGAGGAUUCAGCUGGCAGGUUGCGGAGUAUCGGAGUGUAAGUGAUCAGGGUGAAUCCCUGCUCUUCGCUUCGUUUGGCGAGUAG